AUGCCCUCUUAUAGAGCCCUCGACAGCCCGAACUCCUAUGCAAUCGCGUGGAUCGCUGCUCUUCCGAUCGACCGAGCUGCUGCAGGAGCGAUGCUCGAUGAAGAACAUGCAGCUCCAAUAGGCUUCAAUCGACACCCAACAGACGCGAACGUUUAUAUGUGGGGCCGCGUGGGAGACCAUAACAUCGUCAUUGUCUCCCUGACUUCUGGAGUGUACGGAACCACCUCGGCUGCGACCACAGCGUCGAGCCUGCUUGCCUCUUUACCAUCAAUUAAUAUUGGUCUUUUGGUGGGAAUAGGCGGCGGCAUCGCUCGACCGGAAGAGGACCACGAUAUUCGGCUAGGUGACGUUGUCGUGAGCCAGCCCAGUAGGGCCACGGGGGGAGUCUGCCAAUACGACCUAAUGAAAGCAGAGGCUGGUGACAUGCCUGAUCGCAGUAGUUUUCUCGGACGGCCUCCGACAGUUCUCCUCAAUGCGCUUGCAAGCAUCCAGGCCGAUCACGAGCGAAAGGACUCAAAGGUUCCCUGCUUCCUUCAGGAAAUGCUGGAGAGGAACCCGAAGAUGGGCAAGAGGUCCAAGCAAAAUCCCGGCUAUCUUCAUCAGGGCUUCAAAAAUGACCGCCUGUUCAAAGCUUCAUGUGGCCAUACCCCUGGCCCGGACUGUCGGGGCUGCGACACGGCUGAUGAGAUCCAACGCGACCUUAGAGACACUACCGACCCUGAAAUCCACUAUGGGACCAUCGCAUCCGGCAACACACUCGUUAGAGAUGCCAUUCUGCGCGAUCGCAUUGUUUCCGAUAUUGGAGAGGAUUGCGUCUGCUUUGAGAUGGAAGCGGCCGGCUUGAUGAACCGCUUUCCUUGUCUUGUGAUCCGAGGGAUCUGUAACUACGCCGAUGCUCACAAAAAUGAUCGGUGGAAACGAUACGCCUCGGCGACCGCCGCUGCCUAUGCCAAGGAGUUUCUGGCGUACAUACCACCCGUAGAGGUCCAAGAGACCAAGAGGGCACUGGAAGAGCUUUACUUGGUCAAGGAACAGGUUGAUGGCUUGCAGCAGACAAUGAUAGUAACACAAGCUACAAUUGAGUCCAUCAAGUCUGAUCUUCGUGAUGACAAUACCAGGCUCAGGCUUUGUCCUCCAGCUCCCUCUACAAACACAAGCCACGCUAGAAUGCUCCGCCAUGGAGAGACAGGCGCUUGGCUCCUAGAAGGCCCCGUCUGCCAGUCAUAG